AUGGCCGACAAAGCCUCCACCCACGACCUCAACUGCCUCACCAUCGCCGAGCUGGAAGCCGCCGCGCACGAGCGCAUGGACAAGCAGACGCGCGACUACUACAACGAAGGCGCCGACAGCAACUCCACGCUGCGCGAGAACAUCACCGCCUACGCGAAAUACCGCAUCCGGCCGCGCGUGCUGCGCGACGUUUCCCGCAUCGACACCUCGAAAUCGCUCUUCGGGUUCCGCAAUUCUGUGCCGUUUGGCGUGGCGCCUACGGCUAUGCAGCGCCUUGCGCACUCUGAUGGUGAGCUGGGGACUGCGCGGGCGUGUAUGACGGCGGGAGUGCCUAUGGGGUUGAGUUCAUUUGCCACGCAUAGUCUUGAGGAGGUGGCGGCGCAGGGAGGGGAGAAUCCGAAGGUGUUGCAGUUGUAUUUGUUCGAGGAGAAGGAGCAUAGUCGGCGAUUGAUUGCACGGGCGAAGAAGGCGGGCUUCAAGGCGGUGUUUUUGACGGUUGACACGCCUAUGCUGGGACGGAGGAACGAGGAGAUCCGGAACCAAUUCACGCUGCCGCCGCAUUUGGAGAUUGGCAAUUUUCCCCCGGGAGAGCAUGGGGAUAGUGGGGAGAAGAGCGAUGAGGAGACCGGGAGGGAAAAAGCCGCACGCCCGAGUAUGCAGCGUCGCCCGUCUGCAAGAGGAUACACAGACGGAGACAAGAGAGUGCUGCCCACAGGCCCCGUAACCUUCCACACGCACGCGCCGAACCCAACCCUAACCUGGGAAGAAGACAUCGACUGGCUGAAGCAAGAAUGCCUCCCGGAAAUGGAAGUCUGGCUCAAAGGCAUCGCCACCUCCGAAGACGCGCUGCUCGCCGUCCACCACGGCGUCAACGGCAUCGUCGUCUCGAACCACGGCGGGCGUCAACUUAACGGCGCGCUAGCCACCAUCGACGCCCUGCCUGAAGUGGUGGAAGCCGUGCAAGGCAAGAUCCCCGUGCACGUCGACGGCGGGAUCCGGCAUGGGACGGAUGUUUUCAAGGCGCUGGCGUUGGGCGCGGACUUUUGCUGGGUGGGGAGGCCGGCGCUGUGGGGGCUGGCGUACAAGGGGCAGGCGGGGGUGGAGUUGAUGUUGAAGUUGUUGAGCGAUGAGGUGAGUCUGUGUAUGGCGCUGGCGGGGACGAUCAAGGUGGAGCAGAUUACGAGGGAUUACUUGAUGAAGAUUGAUACCAAUGGAUUCGUCUCGAGGCUGUGA